AUGGGAUCUCCGCCGCAUUCUCAAUUCUCCAAGGGUCGUCACUCACGAGAAUCCUCCUCUACCCGAUUCUCCGGGUCUUUAAAACCCGGGUCUCGGAAAGUCAACGACGGGUCGAAGGGGAAAGGACACGGCGGGGAGAAGCAGUGGAAAGAGUGUGCCAUGAUUGAAGAAGAAGGGCUGUUAGAUGAUGGCGAGAGAGAUCGUGGUCUUCCUCGUCGGUGCUAUGUCUUAGCCUUCAUCGUUGGGUUCUUCAUACUCUUUGGCCUCUUCUCUUUGAUUCUAUAUGGAGCUGCUAAACCUCAGAAACCAAAGAUCACUGUCAAGAGUAUAACAUUUGAGACGCUUAAGGUCCAAGCUGGUCAAGAUGCUGGAGGAGUAGGAACGGAUAUGAUCACGAUGAACGCGACUCUGAGAAUGUUGUCUAGGAACACGGGGACUUUCUUUGGUGUCCAUGUAACUUCAACUCCAAUCGAUCUCAGUUUCUCUCAGAUGAAAAUCGGAUCUGGAUCUAGAAAACAUGAAGAUCAUCUCUUCAAAUGGGAGGAUGAGGCGUUUCUUGAUGAGAUUCAUAUGCUUCAUGAGCAGCUGAGUAGGCUUGAAGACCAUGUCGAGAAAUUAAAGAUGAUGAAGACCAAAGAAGAUGUAUCUGUUGGCUGUGUUGGAACAAUUAAAUGGCUUUGUGGAAAGCUUUGUAAUCGAGAAGAAUGAUGGAUAAUGUUGUAACUGUGUGUCUGAGAAUGAUGCAAGACUGAUGUUGUAACUGCAAACCUUAAGCGAUUUUCUGGGUUUAUCACUUGUUGAUCAUCAUCUCUUAAUAAAAAAAGUAGUAAGAUAGUCAUCAAACACACUGAAAUUUAAACACAACGAAGAGAGUUGAACACAAAUUGAGUUUGAAACCCAGAACAACUUUUGGUUAAACAGGGAAAACAUCCAUACAAACCGCACCUAGAGUUACUAAAAGUUAGAAAAAACAGGGAAACAAUUUGCAAUAGCAUAAAACCACAUCCUAGACUUCAUCUUCCUCCUUAGUCUUCACUUGUUUGAGAUAGCUGUGUCAUCUCUUCUCCUUGACAAGUGCUUCCUUAUUCCUAAAACAAAGAUAAAAUGGUUAGAAAGUAAUACCAUAGUUAAUUCAACAUGAAGAUGAUGAUGACUUUUAUCCGAGAGACAGAAAACGCAAAAGGUCAGAGGAUAAACUUGAUGUGGGAACAGUUUUCUUCUCUGGUUUUGAGUUCAAAGAGGAAGUGUUACAUUAUGCUUUGUGCAAAGGGCGAAAUAUAGAGCAAAGUAGAUGGGAUAAACGAAGCUUAGCUUUAAGUGUGCGAUGAAAGGAAAGUGUAAAUGGAGGGUUUAUUGUGCUUUUGAUGAACCCACUCAGUAGUGGUUGGUGAAAAAUUGGUACAUAUAUCACAGCUGUACACCAAAUGGAAAGUGCAAACUGCUGAGAAGUCCAGUAAUAGCAAGAUUGUUCCUUGAUAAACUGAAGGAGGAUUGCAAUUUAAUGCCUGAAAAAAUUCAAGAGAUAAUCAAGGAGAAGUGGAAGCUAAUACUUUCAAGGAAUCAGUGUCAGGGAGGAAGGACUUUGGCUUUGAAAUGCCUUUAGCCGGAGUAUGCAGACCAUUUCACACAUCUUUGAGGUUAUGCGAGUGAGAUUCGAAGAACCAAUCCAGGUACGAGUGUAGUCCUUGAAACCCUUUCUAAUGUUUCUGGAGAAGAUAUGUUUGAUCGGUUCUACGUUUUCUUUGAGAAGCUUAGAAACUUGUGGAGGGGAAUUUUUAGACCUAUUAUAAGUUUCGAUGGAACAUUUCUCAAGGCUGCAGUGAAAGGCAUAUUACUUACUGCUGUAGGACAUGACGGAAAUAACCAGAUUUACCCAUUUUCUUGGGCUUUGGUACAAGGUGAGACAGCUGAUACAUGGCUCUGGUUUAACAAGCAACUCAAACGUGAUCUGAAACUUAGAGAUGGAGAGAAGUUUGUACUUCUAUCGGACAGCUCAAAGGGUCUCAUAAACGUAAUUGAGUCCAAGUUACCAAAGGCUGAGCACAAAAGGUGUGUUAAACACAUUGUUGAAAACUUGAAGAAGAAGCACAUGAAGAAAGAUCUUUUCAAACCGAUGGUAUGGAAUCUAGCUUGGAGCUACAAGACUACUCAGUAUCAAGAGAACCAACAAAGAUGCAGAACUAUAGUAUGUCACUCUUUGAUGAUGUUAUGAAACUAAAACCGAAGACCUGGUGUCUGCCUUUCUACAAGCUUUGCAGCUGUUGUGAGGACGUUGAUAACAACACAACUGAAUAAUUCAACACCUCCAUUACUGGAGCUCGAGCAAAGGUUGUACCUAUGUUGGAGACCAUCCGAAGGCAAGACAUGAUCAGAAUUGCAAAGAGAAAAAAGAAGUCUCUUAGGCGCAAUGAGAGGCUUACCAAAUAUGUGGUGAACAUGCUCGAGUCUUAGAAAGAAGAUGCUAACAAGUGUACAACGACUCCUGGAACUCAUGGUGUGUUAGUCUUUCAUGACACACAUAUGACGUAAACACCAAUAAGAUGACUUGUACAUGCGGGAAGUGGCAGAUAACUGGUAUACCAUGUGAGCAUGCGUAUGGUGCGAUGAUAGAUGUUGGAUUAGAUGUUGAUGACUACGUUUCUGAGUUCUUCUCAACAGAUAUAUGGCAAUACACUUAUAGUGAGUCUAUCAGCACGGUUAGAGGUCCACGUUUCUUGAUGAAAAAGAAUAAGUACAAGUUGAUUGUAGAAGCACCCGAGCCUACACUUCCUGGUAGGAAGAAAAACAACAAGAAAAAGAAGUAUCCAAGAAUGAAAAGUAAAUAUGAAUCACCAAAGAAGAAGAAGAAGGAAGUAGAGACUCUUGGAAGAAAAUGUCGCACCAUGCAUUGUUCUAAAUGUGGAGAAACUGGUCAUAAUGUUAGAAGCUGGAACAAGGAAGCACUUCUCAAGGAGAAGAGAUGACAUAGCAAUCUCAAACAAGUGAAGACUAAGGAGGAAGAUGAAGUCUAUGAUGUGGUUUUAUGCGGUUAUGCUAUUAUAAGUUGUUUUCUCUGUUUUUUAUAACUUGUAAUAACUCUAGGUGCGGUUUGUAUGGAUAUUUUCUCUGUUAAACCGAAUGUUGUUAUGGGUUUCAAUCUCAAUUUGUGUACAACUCUCUUCGUUGUGUUUAAAUUUCAGUGUGUUUGAUAACUAU